CACAAGUGGGGCCGUGGCCUGGGGACCAGGGGUGCCCACGGUACCCAACACAGGCAGAGAGGGGCUGGCAUGGGAGCAGUGUGCACAGCAGCAGGGACGGGGUGAGGACGUGGUGGGGACAAUGAAGACACUCUACGGUGGUCAUCCCGCUCUCACCUCCAACCCCAUGACCCCACCAUCCAAGCUCUGCUCUGCCGUGCAGAUACUGCCAGCCCUGCCCCUGCCACAUGGAGCCACACCAACAGCAGAGCUGCCACCCUGGGUGCAGGGUGCAGCCGGGAGCAAGGGGACGGGGGGUCACCUUGCAGGAGGGGGGCCCCCAACAUGGGGGGAUGCAGUGAUGGAUCAGGCAGUGCACCCUGCCCACGUGCACUGGGCCGUGUCCUCAUGGGACCGCAGCACUGCAGAGUGGGACCCGUUCCACCCCACCCCAUGCCCUGCAGGGAAGGAUGGCUUCUGCCCGGCCAGCGCCGGGCUGUUCCCUAGCUACGACUGCAGAGAGUGGUGCCGGCGUGACACCGACUGCCUCGGCGAGGAGAAGUGCUGUCUGCGGGGCUGUGACUACGUGUGCCUGCGUCCAGCCCAAGGUUGGAGCCACUGAGCACCCCCCCAGGGCGUCUCUGGUCGUGCCCAGCCACCCACAGCUGUGCAUCUUCUGCCUUCCAGAGAAACCAGGGAUCUGCCCCCUGAGCGAGCAGGCAGCGGGGUCCCGGUGCCAGGACCCCUGUGCAGGAGAUGGGCAGUGCCCAGGGGACGAGAAGUGCUGCAGCACCCGAUGUGGCCACGUCUGCAUGGCCCCAGAGCCAGACAAACCUGGGCAGUGCCCAAAGGUGAGGCCGCAGCUGACAUCAGAGCCGUGCACGGAGGAGGAUGACUGCCUGCACGACCGGGACUGCCCCCGGCAGGAGAAGUGCUGCUUUUCUGGCUGCGCCAUGCGUUGCUCCCGCCCGGCCAGAGAGCACCCCGGGCGGUGCCCCCGUGCAGAGCCAUGCUGGGACCCCCGGCGCCGACGCUCGAACCAGUGCCUUGAUGACAGCGUGUGCAGGAGGGAUGAGAAGUGCUGCAACACAGGCUGCACUUGGGCCUGCGUGGCUGUACCCAGAGAGAGUGGUGGUGGUGCCUCCAGACAGUGUGCGGAGGAGUGUGAGAGUGAUGCACAGUGCCCUCAGGGAGAGCGGUGCACCCGCAUGGGCUGUAGCCGUGUCUGCGUGGACAUCCCUGGGGGGAGAGUGGGAGUGUGCCCCAUCCCCAGGGUUGCCUGGGGGACGUGCUUGGACCUUUGCAGCUUUGAUGAGGAGUGUCCCUGGGGCCAGAAGUGCUGCAGCAAUGGCUGUGGCCACAUCUGCAUGCCUGCCUCUCUCGAAGAGCACGAUGUCGCCGUUGUGCCACAGCACGGUGCCGGCCGGUGCCCAGAGCAGUGUGAUGCUGACACGCAGUGCCCCCGAGGACAGAGAUGCACCCGCACCAGCUGUGGCCGUGUCUGCAUGGACAUGCCCAGAGGGAGGGAGGGAGAGUGCCCCAUCCCCAGGAGCCGUGGGACGUGCUUGGACCUGUGCAGCUCUGACAAGGAGUGUCCCCAGGGCCAGAAGUGCUGCAGCAAUGGCUGCGGCCACAUCUGCAUGCGGAUACAUAACGGUGAGGAUGCUAAGGGACAGGACCAGCUCCAGGGGACACAAGGGGACUUCAGCCCCUCAGGAGAGGCAGAGCCUUCUGGAAUGGGCCUCGGUCCUUGUGAGCUCAGCUCAGCUCCUGGCACAGACACUGCCUUCUGGGUGAUGGCACCAAAGGGAUGAGGAGCAGAAGAGGUCUCUCACCAGACCUGGCCAUGCCAAACCACUGCAGUGCCAGCAGAACCUGUCCGUGACCCUGGCCUCUGCUCCACAACCCCAUCAGUCAGGUCUCCCUAAAAGCACUUUUCCCUUUCAGGUGCUACAUGAUGGGAGAACAGCAGUUCUGUGGCAGGAAGGUGCCUUCAUCAGGGGACACGGGGCAGUCACAGCCUGGAGGUGGCCUGUGCCCUUCUCGCCAUCACCAGCAAUAAAGCGAGUGCAUGCCAUC